AUGGCGGCGGAUACUCAGCCCAAAGCGCUGACUCGCAAGCCCCUCCUGCUCAACAAAGUGGAGGGCUCGCAGGACGUGGUGAACAUGGCAGCGAUAGUGCCCAAGGAGGACGGGGUCAUCAGCGUCUCCGAGGACAGAACAGUUCGUGUCUGGCUGAAGAGAGACAGUGGGCAGUAUUGGCCCAGCAUAUACCAUGCAAUGCCAUCUCCAUGUUCAUGCAUGUCUUUUAACCCGGAAACCAGAAGGCUGUCCAUAGGUCUAGACAAUGGUACAAUCUCAGAAUUCAUUUUAUCAGAAGAUUACAACAAGAUGACACUAGUGAAAAGUUACCAGGCUCACCAAAGCAGGGUCAUUAUGAUUCUGUUUGUCCUGGAGAUGGAGUGGGUGCUAAGCACUGGACAAGACAAACAGUUCACAUGGCACUGUUCUGAGAGUGGCCAGCGGCUGGGAGGGUACCGCACCAGCGCAGGUGCCUGUGGCCUUCAAUUUGAUGUGGAAACUCGACACGUGUUUGUUGGUGAUCAUUCUGGACAAGUGACCAUACUCAAACUAGAGCAAGAGUCCUGCAGCCUUGUUACUACAUUUAAGGGACACACAGGUGGUGUCACUGCUCUCUGUUGGGACCCAAUACAGCGAGUUUUGUUCUCAGGCAGUUCUGAUCAUUCCAUUAUAAUGUGGGAUAUUGGAGGAAGAAAAGGAACAGCCAUCGAGUUGCAAGGACAUAAUGACAAAGUUCAGUCUCUCUCCUAUGCUCACCACACUCGACAGCUCAUCUCCUGUGGUGCAGAUGGAGGAAUUGUCGUCUGGAACAUGGAUGUUGAGAGGCAGGAGACCCCAGAGUGGCUGGAUAGUGAUUCCUGUCAAAAGUGUGACCAACCUUUCUUCUGGAACUUCAAGCAAAUGUGGGACAGUAAGAAAAUAGGCCUCAGGCAGCAUCACUGCAGGAAGUGUGGGAAAGCCGUGUGCGGCAAAUGCAGCUCCAAGCGCUCCUCCAUCCCCCUGAUGGGGUUCGAGUUUGAAGUGAGGGUCUGUGAUAGCUGUCAUGAGUCUAUAACAGAUGAAGAGCGAGCACCAACAGCUACUUUCCAUGACAGUAAGCACAACAUCGUUCACGUACACUUUGAUGCCACCAGGGGAUGGCUGUUGACCUCAGGGACAGACAAGAUUAUUAAGUUGUGGGACAUGACACCAGUAGUGUCUUGAUGGUACAUCAGUGGAAC